GGAUUUUGUCGCAGUUGCUGAGGUUCGCGUCGCGUGGAGCCGCGUAGCCAAUGUUUAGAUACGCGCGAGGAAAACUUUUUGGAUCCUGUUAAGUAACACGACUGUGUUUUCUUUGCAUUAAAUCGUUGUCUUUCCCACUGACUACUGCGAUGAUUCGCGGUAGUCGUCGAAAAGCGGGGGAAAUGGCAUUCCCUCCGCACGCUCGCGCUCCUCGGUUCCUGUAUGAUCGGUCGGAACUUUCGCCGCCGCCGCCGCCGCCGCCGCCGCCGCCGGAUCGUGGCGGGUGGUUGCGGGACGCUUAUUUCUCCAGCAGGUUUGAGGAGUAUCCGCGUCCCGGGUUUAAUAAUAAUGUAACACGGCCGCUCCGCCGGCAGGACUACGCCACGAUGAUCGACACAGAGUUCGGGCCGGCCGAGAGAAGACUAGACGACAGAAAGUACAGGCCCACGGCGACCGACAUGGUGGACCCGCCGUGGGAGUUUCACCAGUUCGCCGUGGCGGACAGAGCCGGAGAAGAAUGCGAGUGGGCAGCAGAGAGACACCCCCGGGAUUUGGGUUUCCGUCCAGGACGCAUCGGGGAGCACGCGACGAUCGGAGUCCCGCUCCCUCCGGGACGCUCGCGUGAGGGAGCGAGGCCCUCCGCACCCAAACCCGGCGGUCCAGUUGAUGGCAGGAUUCUGAGACGCGCCUGGCCGAAGGGACGCCGGGAAAACCGCACGAAGUCGUCAUCUGCACCGCUGGCUCCAAGCGGCGCCACCAAACCACCACCUGGACGAUUUGAAGGAGUCAUCUCAUUCGUGGGUAGUAAUUAUGGUUUCAUUGAGCGAAACGACCUGAAGAAGUUCUCCUUCAGUUUCGAAGCUUUCUGGGGAGAUUGUGCACACAUGAUCCCAGGGGUGAAGGUCCGGUUCACUCUCUACAAGGACAAGGGUAAAGAAUGUGCCACGGAUGUAAUGAUUGCACCAGGAGGCACGGAAGAAAUGGAUAGCGAGAUCUUCCAGGGAGUUGUCACGGUUUUCAGCAACCAUCAGGUUGAUGUAAAGGUCGAGAAGGAGCCCUUCCGUCGCUAUGUGGGGUGUAUUCAAACAAACGUUUUCGGUAAUGAAAUGGAGCUCCCGUUUGAAGAGAGGGACUGCAGGGUUACCCUGCUGUCAGGGGACCUGGUGCAGUUCUGCCUGGUGACUGAUCUGGUGACCAAGCGAAAGAGGGCUGCGAGAAUUUCACUGCGGCCAGACACCUUUCAGUCCACCAAGGAGACCAGGGAAAUGGGCAUCAUAAUGAGCAUCAAAGAUAAUUGUGGUUCCAUCACAUCAGAGCAUCUGAACAACCUGCACUUUGAGACAAAGGAGAGCCUGGAUGAGGUUGACCUCAAUGUUAUGGACGAAGUGGAGUUUACGGUCGUUCGUGCGAAUUCUCCAGGAAAUCGGAAAGCUGUUCGCUUGAAGAAGCUACCCGAAGGCACGCUGAUGUUGAAGAAUAAGACCACGGAGAAGACUGCGGAAAUUAAAAACGCCAAUAAGUGGAAAGCUGUGACCUCAAAGGCACUGCCACAAAGAACAGUGGUCUUCGAGGAUGUCAGCAGCAAGCAGUAUGAAGGCACGGUCCUUAAACCCAUUAAUAAAAUGCAGGAAGAUACCAGCAGUUCAUACCCAGGUCUCCUGGUUUUUGUGCUUGAAGGAAAAGAGAACCAGUUGCCAUUUGGGGCAGGUGAUGUAGUGUCGGAAGCCUCCAUGCUGCUCGGUGAUAAAGUCCAGUUCAACAUUUCUACCAACCGUGAGACAAAAGCACAGCGUGCCAUCAAUGUGGAAAUCCUGUCGGACACCUUUCAGCAGACUAAGGAACCACGUGAGAUGGGCACGGUGUUGGAUCUGAGGGAGUCAUUUGGGUUCAUCAGGUGCAAGCAGGACCCACAGUUGUUCUUCCACCUAAGUGAGGUCAUGGAGGAGAUCAGGCUCAAUCUGUCGGAUAAAGUGGAGUUCACAGUUCUCCCAACUAAAUUGGAUGGGAGUGGUCUGCAAGCUGUGAGGAUCAAGAAGCUGCCAGAGACUGCCUUUCCAGCAACACCAAAGUUGGAUACCCUCAGCAGUACUAGCAAAGACAAGAAAAUUACUGUCAAACUGCUAAGAGACUCAGUGAAUGAGGAAAUGAAGAACCUGAAGGUCAAAAUUGAAUCUUUCAGUUCAGAUGAUCCACAAGAUCACCGUGUUUCAGAGGCAGAUUACAGAGCAGAUGGUAAAAGAGAACUUGACCUGCAGUCGUCGAAACACGGAAGUACUUUGCAGCUUGAGGAGACCACUGCAGAAUUUGUUGGAGAACUGGUUGCGGAUGAACAAAGCCCCAAUCCCAAAAAUCCUUCAAAGAGAAAUGGCCACAGAAGUCCUGAGGUGGGAAGCAAAAAAAACGGUGGCGGUGCUGAGCGUAGAAGUGACAGCUCCAGCUGUUCUCACGGCAGCCAUCGUGAAAAGCACCAGAGUCCAGCUAGGGCGCAAGACCAGAGACAUAGCCGCGGCAGGGACCAAGAACGCGGAUAUAAAGGUGGACGCAGCCGCAGUAGGGGCCGAGAGCAUAGGGACAAGGGUGGAUACAGCCGCAGCUACAGUAGGGACAGAGAACAUAGAUACAAGGGUGGACGUAGCCGCAGCCACAGCAGGGGCCGAGAACGUAGAUACAAGGGUAGAUUCAGCCGCAGCCACAGCAGGGACAGAGAACAUAGAUACAAGGGUGGAUACAGCCGCAGUUACAGUAGGGACCGAGAAUGUAGAUAUGAGGCCAGUCACAGCAGGGACAGAGAACAUAUGCAUAAGUAUAGCUAUAGUCAGGACCGAGGAUACAAGCACAGUCACUGUAAGGAGAUAAUUAUUCAAAGCAGCAGGAGAUGGCAUCGUAGCCGAAGCCACGACGGGGAGUGCAGCAACACCAGCAGUAGGAAGCGUAGCCAGAGCAUUGAUCGCUCCAGCAGUCUUGACAAGAGGAGUAGGAGCCCAGAGCAAACAAGCUGUCCUAUCAUUGACAGCUGCCCAGCUGCUAAUGACAAAAACAAGGGGCCUUUACAUGUUCCUGAGACUCAGGAACUGCCCAUGUCUGGCAGCUCCUUGGACAUGGAGCUGGCUAGGAAGAAGAGGGAGCUGGACCUGCUUGAGGAGCAGAUAGCCCGCAGAAGGGCCAUUAUAGCGAUGGAGCGGAAGGGUCAAGCCCAGAGGAACCAAUCUGAAGAGAAGUGCCUUGUGGAUAAGCAUAGGCUGCCUGUGGAGCCUGGAAAUAUUUUUCUAGAAGAGAGGAUUUCAGAUUCAUUACCCAUAAAAUCCAUUCUUAAGAAAUGCAGUGAACCUCUUGUGGAUCUGGAUAUCCAGCCAGAGACUGAUACUGAAACCGCCCCUUUUAACCAAGCUUAUGUCCACCAGUUUGGUUUUGACCAGCCACAUGUAAAGUACUCACCGCAAGCCCAGUCAUCUGAAUCCCAGUAUGACUUUGACCAGCUUUCUCUCCCCCUGGCUGCUUCAGGCCAGUCCUCUUGUCAUUCCUAUUUUGAAGAGGCCUGCCAGCCUCCUUCUGAAGAGGCUUGUCUAAAUCCUCAUCUUUGUGAUUCGUCUGUGAACAAGAUUAAUUUUUUCGAACCCUCUGUCUGCCACCCUCCUCUCGCUCGGCUUCCCCAAAUUACAUCAAAGGACAAAAGCAAUCUGUCCACCCAGAUUGACCGUUUCCUUAAAACCCUCAACAAAGGCGUGGAUGCAAAACUCCUGUGCUCCCUUCUUCAUGAAGCCAGGGAGGCAACAGCAUGUUAUGAGGGCCAGUCACCCUACCCACUUCAGCCAGAGCUCCUCUGUCAAAAACGUCAGUAUGAGAGCAUUCAUGAAGGAAGGCCUAAGCAACCAGAAGGCCAUCAUGAAAGCUAUGAUUUUCUCCAGCCCCACAAGAAGGCAGUACAAGACAGUAGUGGCUGCUCUUACACCACAGGAUUGAACAAUAUCCCUCAGGAGCACUGGAGAGAGGGAGAUGUGCAAGAUGAACAGUUUCUCCAUGGUGAGAAACUGCAUGCUGAAGAACAUUACUCUGAAGACUUUGUGGUAUCCAAUGGAAAGCUUCAUAGAGCGAGUCCACCCCCACCAGUGGAGGAGGUUGACACAGAGGAGAAACACAAUUUUGGCAAAAUGCAGACCUUGCUAAAGACUAUUGGGUUAGAUUUAGACAUGGCAGAGGUUAGCCGAUUGGCAGACCGGACAGAAGAGCGCCUCUAUGGGAAGAAGCGGAAGAUAAGGGAGCAAGGACAUCUGGACAAAGAGUCUGAACAUAAGAUAGGCAGGAUGGACCAGCAGAAUAGCCAACCAGGUCCUGCAGAAUCAAACGCCCGUUCCAUUUGUCCCAUCAUGUCAUAUCCAGAUAAGUUAGAAAGCAGCAGUACCCAAGGCCAUAUCGCAAGGACCGUUCAAAACAUCGAGACUGUUCAGACAAUUCAGGAUUCUGUUACGGUCUCCCUCUCCGCUCCCUCCGAAUCCCAGUAUCCUCAGCAAUUGUCUGAAUCCAUUGCGGAGCACUCGGGAUAUGAAGAUACUGACCCUAAGAGUGGGUACGAUCUGCAAACUGGAGUCACACUCUCAAACUGGGAUUGUGUGCCUCCGCAGCCAGAAACACAGCUUUAUCAAGCUUACUCCCAGCAUCAUCACUCUUUUUCUUACCUGCCAUCAUUUGGGCAACCACAUCCAUAUGUUUCCGUGUAUUCCCACACAUCGCCAGUAUUCUUACAUACACAUCUUCCUCAAGUGCCUUUAGCUGCAGCAGUGGAGUCUUACCCUGGAUUAGUACCAGGCGUUAAUCACCAGUCCCUUGAUGCUUUUCCAUUAUUUAGUGUGCCGGCACGUACUUGUGAUUACCCCAAAGACCCUUUAACAGGGUUUCCCAUAGUCAGCCAGCCACAUGAUGGCUCAGCACCUUCCACAUUACCUCCUGUGCCAGGUAACAGUAAAAAACAGGCUGGAUUUCUCAAAGAAUUGCAGAGCUCAAAGUCUCGCUGCUUGAGAGUCAUCCAAACUGUGACGCUCAAACAAGAGAAGCAAGAAAAAUCCACAGCUCUGAAGGAAGUAACCGUGCAUACGCUGAGGUCUGGUUCCACACCGCCCCCCUCGGAGGAGGUCGCGUCGACAAAGGAAAAAAAAGUGUCAAAAAUAUCUGAAGAUGACAUCAAGGCCAAACAGAAGAAAAGGCUGGAGCAGUUCAAUGAGAGGAUGAGGCUAAAGAAGGAACAGCUGAAGGCCCAGAGGACAUCUGAUGAAUCCCAGAAGCCUACCGCAGGUAAGGCCUGCAAGGAGAUAAAGAAUGUGUGGAUUUGUGGGCAUUCGCUGGUCAUUUGGGCGGAGAAGAGGGCCAAGUCACCGGAGUAUGGCAUGCAGCUGGGCAUGGACCAGGGAAAUGUGCGGUUGUGGUGGAUGGGCAGGCAGGGUCUAAUGUGGGAGCAGCUUUUUCCGCUGUUGCUGGAGCUGAAAGGCAACUGGCCUAACCCUGAUAUCCUCGUCUUGCACCUGGGGGGCAACGACUUGGGCCAGUCCGAUCCAAAGGACUUCCUGGAUUCGGUGAAGAAGGACUUAACUUCAGUGAAGAGUGUUUUCCCGCAGUGUCGUCUUGUGUGGUCUAGCAUUCUACCGCGUCGCACGUGGAGGACCUCUGAGGAUGCCGAGGCAAUGGAGAGCAUCCGUAGAACAGUUAACGAAAGCGUGGGGGCAGAAAUCCAAGCUCUUGGAGGGGUGGUGGUGAACCACGAGCAGAUCCGACCUGGCUCAGACGCAGGCCUCUACCGUCCAGAUGGAGUCCAUCUCACGGGAAAAGGUAUUGACACAUUCAACCUGAACUUGCAGGACUUCUUGGUGAAAUGGGAAAGUGAAAUGAGCCAGGACUCCAUGCAAUGUUAGAUGACUACUCUUUUUCUUUUUCUUUUUUUUUUUUUUUUUUUUUUUUAAAAAACUGGUUUUUGUAGAGUUGACUGGAUUGUUCAUUUUUGUUCCUUGUUCAGAAACUACUACAAAAUUACCUUUUUAAAGAACAAGCAAAGUGACACAAUGAGUUGGGUCCUCUUGUUUUCUAUGGUAAAGCACAAUCUAUAUUUGUAAAGAUGUUUAGUUUUUUCUAUAAAAUAAACUUUAAAUUGUGAACCACC